AUGCGCGUUGUUAAUCUGUGCCUGCUUGUCUCAAUAACAUCGGCGCUGUGUCAGAGCACUGAGCCAUUAUGGCAAGCACCAAGCCCUGAUGAUAGCCGGGCCCCUUGUCCCCUUCUCAACACCCUCGCAAACCAUGGGUAUCUUCCCCGGGAUGGGAAAAACAUUACUGUUGAUAAGCUUAUCGAGGGAAUGCAUGCUGGUCUCAACCUCCGCGAGGACGCAAAGCUCUUCUUCCGAUUGCAAGGUAACAAGGCUCUCGAAGCCUCCUCGACGGGGAACAAAGAUACCUUUCAGCUCAGCGACCUCAAUAAGCACAACCUUAUCGAGCAUGAUGCUUCCCUCAGUCGAGCAGACAUUUUCUUCGGGGAUAAUUGGUCGUUCAACCAGACCAUAUUCGACGAGACCAAAUCGUACUGGCCCUCGACGACGAUCUCCCUCACUGACGCCGCCAAGGCACUUGUUGCGAGGCAGAAAAGUGCUGAGAGCAUCAAUCCCGACUAUAAUCUACCACUCGAUGGCCACACAAACUCUCUAGGUCAGACAGCCAUGUAUCUUGGUCUCUUUGGGGACUAUGAAGACGGUAAUGCGAACAGGUCCUGGGUCGAAUAUUUCUUUGAAAAUGAGAGACUUCCGUUUGAGCUUGGUUGGCAGAGGCGGUCUGAUGAUGAAAAAAUCCCGGCAACUGGCAUUUUAGGUCUGACUACAAAGGUUGCUGUUCAUUACUUGGCUGCCAAGGUUGGCCUGUAG